AUGGCAUCGGCAUUGUCUUUUCCAUUUGAUAAACUUCGAGGCCGUGAAAACUUUGAUACAUGGAAGCGGCAGGCAAAAUCGUAUCUUAUAUUGAAGAAUUCUUGGAAAAUUAUAGAAAAUGGUUUGGCGGUAGACGCAAAUGAAAAGGACAAAGAGAAUAAUGAAAAAGCGUUGGCUGAAAUAACCCUGAUGGUGGAACCAAGUAAUUUUGCGCAUAUUGCUAAGGCGAAGUCAGCUAAGGAAGCAUGGCAGGCGUUGGUGAGUUCCUAUGAAGACACGGGCUUAACGAGAAAAGUGGAGCUAUUGAAACAACUGGUGCAGCUGAAAUUAUCUGACUGCGAUAACGUCGAAGAUUACGUUAAUCGGAUGAUAAUGGCAUCGAUGAAGGUACAACAGGCAGGACUCAAAAUUGAUGAUGAGUUGGUAGCAUCCCUUAUGUUGGCCGGACUUCCAGAAGAAUUUAAGUCAUUGGUGCUAGCAGUGGAAAAUUCUAAGACACAAUUGAAUGUGGAUAUGGUGAAGAAUUUGUUACUGCAAGAUGCUAAAUUCGAUGGAAUAAAGAAGGAGGACGCCGCAUUCAUAUCAAAGAAGAAAUUUAUAAAAGGUAAAAAGUUUAGGUGCCAUGGUUGUAAAAAGGAGGGUCAUUUCAUAAGAAAUUGUCCGAACAAGAAAAAAUUUGAAAAUUAUAACUGUGCGCAAAAACAGAAAGAGACAGAUGAUAGACUGCUGUUGACAUCUCUUUUUACACCACAUGAAAUAAAUGCAGAAGAUUGGUACAUCGAUUCUGGUGCUACUGCUCACAUGACAAAUUCAAGAUCGCUUUUGUCGAAUAUUCGCACUACUACUGGGAGAGAAGUAACGGUGGCGAACAACAACACAAUGAAGGUUGAAUGUGCAGGAGAUGUGAGAGUGGUGUUGAAUGGUGGUGGCACAAAGACAAAUGCAGUUCUAACGAAUGUUGAAUUUGUUCCAUCUCUUUGCACAAAUUUGUUGUCUGUAAAACAAUUAACGGCGAACGGCAACAAAGUAGUUUUUGAAAAAAAUAUGUGCACAAUUCUUGGAGACGAUGGUGUUGUUGUGGCAAAGGCAAUUUCGCAGAACAAUUUGUACAAGCUGUGUGGUUUAAGUUUUAGAAAAACAAAUGCAGCCUUUACCGUGAACAACGAUGCAAGUAUUUGGCACAGAAGACUUGGGCAUAUUUGCGAUGACACAUUAAAGAAAAUAAAAGCUGCAAAUGAAUUAAACUUGAAGGCAAAUGGCGAGAAGUGUGAAGUCUGUAUUCAAGGUAAACAGUCAAGAGCUUCGUUUAAGGACGAAGGUCACAGAGCUACGGAAUUACUAGAACUUGUACACUCUGAUGUGAUGGGUCCAUUUGAACCAAAGUCGUUUUCUGGCGCUCGGUAUAUUGUUACAUUCGUGGACGACUACUCCAGAAAAGUAUUCUUAAUUCCUAUUAAAAAUAAAUGGAAUGUCUUUGAAGCCUUUAAGGACUUUAAGAAUAUGGCUGAGAAUCAGUGUUCCAAGAAGUUAAAGAUAUUUCGAUCAGAUAAUGGAACUGAGUACGUCAAUGCGCCUUUUCAAAAGUUUUUGUCUGACUCUGGAAUAAUUCAUCAGAAAACAGCACCGUACACUCCGCAACAAAAUGGUGUGGCGGAAAGAUUGAACCGCACCAUAAUGGAUCGAGUACGUUGUAUGCUUUUGGAUGCUGGACUUAAAAACAAAUAUUGGGCUGAAGCUUCUGUUACCGCAGCAUAUAUUUUAAACAGAAUUCCAUGCAGAAAACAAUCGAAGAGUCCUGAAGAAAUAUGGACUAGCAGAGAACAGAAUUUGGAGCACCUAAGAGUAUUCGGCUGUAAGGCGUUCGUCCAUAUUCCUAAGCAGAAGAGAUCGAAACUUCAAGCCAAGUCAGAAGAAUGUAUUUUCGUUGGGUAUAGUCAAGAGAGUAAGGCGUAUCGUUUAUUCAAUCCGAAGACACAGAAAAUAAUAAUUAGCCGUGAUGUUGUAUUUGUGGAGAAUCAGGUAUGUAGAACUGGGACAAAUUUUACUAAUGAGAUUCGAAAUACUCUAGUAGAAGUCAUCGAUGACAACGAAAAGGAGGUGUGUGUAGAAGAACCACAACAUGAUGGUGCAGCGGAAGUUGUCGAGAAUGCCGAUGUUUCCAUCGACAGCAUGAAGGUGGAAUUCGACGAGUGGUCCGAUGAUAAUGUGUUGUUUGAAGAUGCUGAACAAGAACUCCAUAAUGAUAAUAACGAUACCGAGAUACGUCGGUCAGGAAGGCUAGCUGCAAAGUCACGUGCGAAUUAUAGUUUUUGUGCUGCAACAUUCAUUGCAAAUGAUCCCACUACAUUGGAAGAAGCCAUGAAGUCAAACAAUGUUAAGGAAGUGGCGUAG